CCUUGCCGGGGAACCAGCUGGCGCAGGAUUAUCAUCGGUGACGGUAAAAAAAGAAAAGAGUAGUUCUGUAGUGCCUUGGAGACUAACCUUGUAUAUAGUAUCAUGAGCUUUCCCUGGGCAAAACCGGCUUCCUCCGAUGAGUGACCAUGUUAAAUAUAAUCGUUCAGUGGAAGCUGCUGAGAUGCUUAUUGCUAAGGACGGUGGGGUAGUCAUUGGUACCCACUGUGUCCUAGAGUAGUGGUUCUCAACCAGGGUAUGCAGAGAUCUUCCCAGGAUGCUUCAACUCAUUUGGCUAUUUGCCUAGUUUUACAACAGGAGACAUAAAAAGGACCAGCAAACUCUGUUCAAACUAAAAUUUCAUACAGUGACUUAUUUUAUACUGCUCUACAUACCAGGCACUGAAAUGCAGGAAUGUCCCUCCUUGUCCUCUCACAUACAUGGCUGCAUGCUCGAUUGAAGCAUACUUAAAGAGAAUACUAAAGUUUGGAACACUGUUUGUGGGUACUAGGAGGAUUGAAGAAAAGAACUAUUGUUGUACAUCCAUUCAGUCAUGAUGUCUUUCAAGCAAAGCUUCCUAGAACACUUUCCCAAGGAAAGAAGAUAAAGCAAAGUCCAAAAGAAUGAAGAGACGUAAGUGUUCUUACAAGUAUCCCAUGAGGUGGAAGAUCCUGAUCCUGUUUUUAACAGUGUGGCUGCUUUCACUUUUGAAACUUCUUAAUGUUGAAAGACUCCUAUUCCCUCACAAAGGUAUUUAUUUAGUAGAGCAUUUUUUAAGCACCUCUUCUUAUGUUAGAAACAAGUACUCCCAUCUUAGAAAUGACUUCCAGUAUGAAAUCAAUUGUUCAUAUAUAUAUGAACAAGAACCUGGUGAAAUUGGCAAGAGUUUAGAGAUAAGAAGAAAAGAAAUUAUUGAUUUAGAUGAUGAAGACGUUAUAGCUCUGACCAGCGAUUGUCAGGUGUAUCGUACUCUUAGAGGAUACCACCUAAAACUGGUUUCACCAGAGGAGGAAAAUUUCCCAUUAGCCUACUCUUUGGUUGUUCACAAAGAUGCAAUAACAGUUGAAAGACUUAUACAUACAAUAUACAGCCAUCAAAACAUUUACUGCAUCCAUUAUGACCAAAAGUCUGCUACUACUUUCAAAUGUGCAAUGGACAAUUUAGCUAGGUGCUUCCCCAAUAUUUUCAUUGCAUCUAAAUUGGAGACAGUGGAAUAUGCACACAUUUCUAGGCUCCAAGCAGAUUUGAAUUGUUUGUCUGACUUGAUGAAGUCAUCAGUUCCAUGGAAGUAUGUUAUUAAUUUGUGUGGUCAAGACUUUCCGUUGAGAUCAAACUUUGAAUUGGUAUCUGAUUUGAAGAAACUCAAUGGAGGAAACAUGCUGGAGACUAUAAAGCCAAGUAGCAGCAAAAAGGACCGAUUUACAUAUCACUAUGAACUUCAGAAAGUGCCUUACGAAUACAUGCAGAUGCCUGUAAAAACGAACAUUUCUAAAGAUCCGCCCCCUCAUAACAUUGAGGUUUUUGUAGGCAGUGCCUAUUUUGUUUUAAGUCAAGCAUUCAUCCAAUAUAUCUCUGAAAAUUCUCUUGCUAAAGACUUUUUUGAAUGGUCCAAGGAUACUUAUUCUCCAGAUGAACAUUUCUGGGCAACUCUUGCACGUGUGCCUGGAAUACCUGGGGAAGUUUCAAGGUCAGCUCACGAUAUAACAGAUCUGCAAAGCAAGACUCGCCUGGUGAAAUGGAAUUACCUGGAGGACCACUUGUAUCCUCCAUGUACUGGUACGCAUCUUCGCAGUGUGUGCAUUUAUGGAGCAGCAGAGUUAAGGUGGCUUAUAAAUUACGGACACUGGUUUGCCAAUAAAUUUGAUUCCAAAGUGGAUCCUGUUUUAACAAAAUGCUUGGCAGAAAAACUUGCAGAACAACAAAAGGAAUGGGUUUAUUUGUCUUCUGAAAGCACUUUCAUGCACAAAAGUUCCUCAGGUGUUCCACUAUAGCAGUACAUCACACUUAGUAUUAUCCAGUGUCUGAGUCUCCAUUGCUUUGACCUUGUACAGUCUUUUAUGGGGUGCAAAAUGCUACCAAAUCGAAUGCUCCUUCUGCUCAACUGUAAAUGAUUACACAAGGUGCAUGAGAAUCAGGCUCCCAGACAUGAAGUUAUAUGUCAUGCCUUUGAAGGACCAUUACAUUAUUCACCAUAACAGCAUUGUGUCACUAAUACUUUUGAAGGUGGGUCUUCUAAAAAUAAGCUGCGCUUUUGAAUGGUUUUGGGGGGGGCUGUUGCAGUACCUGUGGUAAUGAAAUGUUUCAAAUUAAGCCUGCCUGUGCAAUUGAUAGGAUAAUUCCUCGUGUCUGUCCUCACACCCUUCUUCUUCUGCUUCAAAAUAUUGGAACAUAGGAAAGAAGAUAUCCAGGUCUGCUACCUCAGGAAAGCUGGAAGUAAAAAUUCCAGCUUCUGAACAAAACUAAAAUGAGUCUAAAGAGAAAAGUCUAAUGACCAUUGAGCCAUAGGGCUGAUCCUGUGAACCCUCCACUCCCAGUCAAUGGUAGAUGAGGAUGCUUAGCCUUUUGCAGGAUUGGAUCCAUAACAAUGAUUUUUGCAAUGUGAAUAUGAUUGGAUUGAUCCUGGAACCUUGCCCAUUGCAUUAGAAGUAGCAGUGUUCUCAUCUGUCUUUGCAAUUAGUUUUCCUCUCUCUCAAUUUUAUGUUUCCAUACCUGUGAAUUUUGUGAUAGUUGAUAGAAGUGGUAUUACACAGGGUAGUUCUUUGACUUCUGUAUGUAUUAGCCAGAAAUGACAGAUUUUGGAGCUCUACCAAACAGAAAUUAGUGCCAGAAAAUGUAUUAUUCCAUCUCCAUUGUCAUCUCCUCCAUUAGAAACAUUCUGAUGCAGAACCAGAGUCAUUUAGAGCAGGAGCACCAAUUUAGGAUGGUGCACAACAAAGGCAGCUUCUAAUGAGCAUUCAUUAGAAAUUUGGUGUUGCAUUAAAACACAAAAUAUUGACAAGCCCAGAUCCUGAGUUGGGGCUGAGGAUCACAGCUUGGGAGGGGGCUAUAUAGAGCCACUUUUAUGCCACUUUUGUGCUUUCCAGAUCCUGGGCUGAUCUGUGUCAAGUCAGGCUUUCACUACAGCUUAGAACCACAUGCUUCAGAUUGCUUUGUCUGCCAGUGAACCCAAGGAUUAUCCUGAUAGCCGGGGUUCUUGGGGCAUGAUGGAGCCCUUGCCAUCCCCUUUCUCUCAGCUAUGCCCCGCUACACUGGAGCCCAGGAGAAGUGGUGGGGAAGGAGCCUGUACAGCAGCUGUUGUAACCCCAAAGUCUGACUAUGCAGGAGGAAGUCAUCUGGGACCUGGGUCUGCCACCAAAAGAGCUUUGUACUGUCCCAACACUGCCCAGCAUCUAGCUCAGAGUGUUCAAUAGCAUAUUCUUCUUGUCUUUAUACAUCCAUGUAGUGCUGAAUUAAUAACCAUGCCCUGUUGUCUCAUUUAGAGACUGAGACCAUCACGGCUUUUGAUGCACAGUACCCAUGGAAAGUGUUUUAGCUGAUUGCAUGAAAUUGUGACUCAUGCUGGCAGAAUUGUGGACAUACAUAAUUUAAGCCAGUGAUUCAGUCUUAGCUUUAGCACAUAGGGUAGCCAUGGACUAAGCCCUAGUGGUUUAAGAAUGGCACUGAAUGUCAGGAGUCCUGGUCUUUCCUCCCAAAUCUAUCACCAAUUUGCUGUGUGAAGUCACUUAACUUCUGUACCUUAAUUAUCCCAUCUUUAACAUGGAAAUAAUGCUGUCCACCCACCUUUAUGAAGCACCUAGAGAUCUGUGUCUGAAGAGCCUAUUGUAACAACUUCUCACCAAAACUAUUUGAGACAUCAGUGAAAUGCAUGGAACACCAUUUCCCUUGAUGUUUUGGUUUCUUACAUAAAUAAGAAUUUUUUGUUAACUUCAUGCAAUUUAGGCUGAUAAUCUGCCUUUGGUACCAUUCUGGUUUAUCAUGAUAAUAUGCUGCAUGGGGACUUUCUAGAAUGUGAAUUAUUGAUUGUAUUUAUGGAAUUGUGUUACCACAAUUAGGCUGUCAUAUCAUGAAAGGCAGUCAGGGUAUUAGAGGGUCAAACUUAGGCCUUGUUUAUAUA